AUGGCUGUGCCGUCGCCAUCAGCGUCAUGCCCCUUCUGCAGCAUCGCUGCAGCAUAUCCUCCCAUCCCACCCUCGAUAUUCCAUCCUCAACAGAAACAGGAUGGCGCACAAGAAUCAGGUACCAUCCCCACAGAUACGGCGCAGGAACCACAUGCACAUCUUGUACUUUCGACUCCAUAUGUCCUGGCCUUUUUGGAUAUCAUGCCCUUGACAAGGGGCCAUGUUCUCGUCGUCACGAGAGACCACUACGAGAAGUUGAAGGACAUGGACGUUGAAGUCAGCAGAGAGGAUCCGGCCGCGCAGAUUGGCCAGUGGCUCCCUAUCAUCUCGCGGGUCGUGAUGAGAACUGUCUUUGGCACAGAGCCAGAAUCCGAGUGGAGUUGGAAUGUGGUGCAGAAUAAUGGCAUCAGGGCCGCACAGCAGGUGCCUCAUGUGCAUUUCCAUGUCAUUCCCAGGCCGCCGUUGGAUCCUGCGCCUACUGCAGCCAAAAUGAGUUUCGUCAUGUUUGGGCGGGGGCAGAGGGAUGAACUGGAUGAUGAGGAGGGAGAGACAUUAGCCAAGGCGCUGAGAGAAGAGCUGGCGAAGGAAGUUUGCCGAGUGGAAGAAAAAGAAGGCGUUGAUUUGAAUUUGGAGGCUACGGAUGUGCGUUAUCGGAGGAUAAAGGGGAGGCUGUGA